CGCAAUGGUGGCCUGUUCGGUAACCACAUCAACCACGUGAACGGGGACCACCACCGGCGCUCAUCGGGGCCCCAGACCAACGCCACCCAGCGGCCCCUGCAGGUGCAGCCGCCUCCACACUAUGCCCACAUGGAGCAGCCGGUGGGGCGUCUCUGCCGGGCCAACGCCAUGUCCCACCCGCACCCCAAUCACCACCACCACCACAACUCCUCAUACGGCAAGUCGCCCAAGUCCACCAACAUCAACCUGAACAACGCCAACAUGUCCAGUCUGCCCAACGGAGGAGGACACCACCACCGCUACUAUGAGCACACUCCGCCCCCAGCCAACGGUUACCCAGGACACCGCAGUGGCCCCUACCACACAGACUACGACAAGCCGCCACCUCGCGGCACGCCACAGGGACAAAGGUGACCACACACUGACAUCUCUUUCUCUGGCCGCAAAAUGAAAUGGGUGACGCGUCAUGUGUUGUUGGGUUUGAUUAGUUAUUGUAAAAGAGAAUGGUGAAACGUCUGUGGCUUGAAGCUUCAUGUAAACUUCAAAUGCCACAAUAUUUAGAAACUAUAAUGUCUGACCUGUAAACUCUUCCGUCCCUUGUCAAUUCACCUGAGUGACUCUCGUAGUCCCUCGUAGUCAUACAGCUGUCUCAAUGUGUAUGAUGAUGUCACCACUAAAGGUUUUUGUACAAUAGAACAAACCUGGUAUAUAAGUUAGCAUGGAGAGUUAGCAUGCAGCUACCAUUAGCCAUAAGGCCAUUCUGUGUACCUAUCAUUAAAGAUUUGCCAAAGGCAGGACCUAGCCUCUCCUUAUCAGACCUUCCUCUUGUCACUGACCUAUAGCACAUACCCUCUCAGACCCUACCUUAACCUGACCAAUCACAUGCUGAUCAGCAUCCUCAUUCCAUAUAACUGACCAACAGCACACUUCAUAUUUAUUCAGGUUACCCAUCCCACAAGCAGUCAAUACAUCUCUCUGGAGCACCCCAGGGUUGGGUUGAAAGUCCAUUUCAAUUCUUAUGAGUUCAGGAAAUGAUUGGAAAUGAUUUCCUGUACUGCCUGUAAUUGAAAUGGAACUGCCCCCCAACAUUGGUACACACGUCACCCUGCUGUCGUCUUUCUUCACUUAUACAUAUAUAGGAAUGCAUGUAUAUGCUUCAUAUACUGUAUUAUAUAUAUAUAUGUCACUCAUGCGGUCCCUUUUCCCUCUGUUCUCUCCUCCCUUUCUCCUACCUAACCAAAAUGCUUUCUCUCAACCAUCUCUCCGCUUUCUUGGACAGAAGGCGCUACUAUGAGACCUAUGUU